AAUCCUGUGAUGCCUUGGAGAAAUACGUAGAAGUUAGUAGAACCCAUCCCCUCGAAUGAAAGGCUAAAAUUCAAAGAAGAGAGGAUUGCACCAACCACAAUCACAAGUAUAACUGGUGAACCCCUCUGUGGUGAUAAUAAAAUGAUAGAGUGAGCCACGCCAAGCUGACACGUGGAGGAUAGCAUUCCCCCUCUCCCCCAAGGCCAAGCCACACUAUUUCCACAAGCCCCUCUCCGUAACCAAACAUUUGUCUCUCCAACUCUCUACCUUUGAGCUUCCUCUCUCUCUCUCUCUCCUCUCUUUCUCACACUUGAAAAUAAUGGCAACAAUGGCUGCACUCUCCGGCACCAUGGUCAGCACCUCCGCCUUCCUGCGGCGGCAGCAGCAGCAGCAGCCGGCGGUGACGAGCCUCCGGUCUCUGCCCAACCUGAACAUGGGUCCUCUGUUGGGAGUCAAGUACUCCACCAGAGGUAGCCUGAUAGCAACCAUGGCUGUGCACAAGGUCACGCUCCUCACUCCGGAGGGGCCGCAGGAGUUCGAGUGCCCGGACGACGUGUACAUUCUCGACCACGCCGAGGAGGUGGGGAUCGAUCUCCCGUACUCGUGCCGUGCCGGCUCAUGCUCCUCUUGCGCAGGGAAAGUGGUGAAAGGGAAGGUGGACCAGUCCGAUCAGAGUUUCCUUGAUGAUGAGCAGAUAGAUGGAGGGUGGGUCCUCACUUGUGUUGCUUAUCCUCAGGGUGAUGUUACAAUUGAGACACACAAGGAAGAGGAGCUCACUGCGUAAUUACUAGUAGUAGCCUUAUAAAAUGGUUGAUGUUUCAUGCAUGCAGCUCUCUCUCUCUCUCUCUCUCUCUCUCUCUCUCUCUCUCUCUCGUUUUGUUGGUUGGUUUAGUGUAUUUUGGAGACAUUAUUGAUAAUUGGUAUGCUUUUAUGGAGUAAUUUGAUUUUGCUCAA